GAUGAGUGAUGCCAAUUUUGAUGCUCUGUCUUCCCUACCAGGCCAUCUGUCGUCUUUUUCUGCAUCAGUAGACAAUGGAAAAGUGAUCAAUAGUACUGCCAGUCCUGAAGAAACCGCAAGAGAGGCUCGAGUUGCUUACCAACUAUUGAAUGAUGCCUCUCAUUUGGGUACUUUAUUUAAUGAAAAUGAAGCAGACAAACUUAAGCGAGUAACAGUCACUUUUGGUUCCCAUUACCAUACAUUUACUGCCAACAGCGAUGCGAUUUAUGGUAUCCAGCGCCGUACUAGCAACUGAACAUUUGUUAUCAUUUUUCUUAUCAAUAAUUGUAAUAAUAAAUAAAACACACACAUAUAUAUAUUGGAUCAAAGAGGUUUACACGAAUUCUUUCGAACCAAGAAAUUGGAAUUUU